AUGUCUGAAGCGCGCAGCGUACAAGUCCGAUUGCUCGCAUUCCUCUCGUGGACAGUCCGCGAGCUCUUAAUCGACGCCCCUUCCGACUCAAACUCAGGCAGUGAAACUGUCAUCGCGACUGUCCCAAGCCACAUCCUGAUUGGACUCCGAGAUGUGGCUGAAUUGUCGCUCAAUAUCGAGCACGCCCGCCUCGCGCGGCUGGCUUUGGAUAUAUGGGACGAGACAGACGACGAGCUUCUUUCAGCCGAAAUCUGCACCAGCGUAUACGAUCUACUCGACCACAACAUCAAGCAUUCAUCCUGCGGCCCAUUGAUCUCACUCCUACAACAAUUCUAUCCGCAACCCGAUGUCCUAUUAGAAGCCAACAUCUUUCUCUUGCGACUACGAGUCUUGACCUGCCACAGCGAGUUGGGCACAACUCCUAGUCCAUAUCCCGAACCUCUUCAUUUGAAGCAACUUAUCACCACGCUCUAUCACUGCAUGUUUCUCCGCCUGCCUGCCACAUAUGCCGCUCUCGCUCUCGACUGUUUGCAGCAAUAUCACUGCGAGCCGCCGGACUGCGACUCGGAGCUUGGAGACGCAACCCUGCAGGCGUGGUGUCUGUUUUCUGACACCAUAGUCGGCCAAUGGAAGACAUUAGCUCUCUUCUCCACACUUCUGUUUGGAGCAACCUUGACGAUGUUUCAAAUCCCAGCUAUCACUAGCAAUGCGUUGCUCCGUGUCCUGACACAUGCCGCGUUGCUGCCUGUGUUCAUGAGCCUCGUCUAUACGGCAGUUCUGAGCAUCUAUUUCGGGAGCUUCGUAUCGAUGAGACUCUCUACAGCGACCACCUCUACACGGAGAUGGGCUCAGGAAAUGAAACAUGCUUGCACGGUUCGCACGGAAAGUCGCAUGUGGAGCGUGUGGUUUUUAGUGUCUUUGCCUCUGGCAUCGACCUGCUGGGGUGUCCUAUUCUUCAUCACCACGAUGGUAUUCUUCGUCUGGCCGCCGUCCACUGUCAACGACUCUCCGAAGGAACCGAUUGCAGCCCGCCUCUUCCUUUCCGGCAUGGUGCUUGUUGGUAUUGUCCAUCUUAUGCUGAGCGUUGCACACUUACGGAGGGUUGGCCGCGGCCACGGGUCUGAAUCGGUGGCCAUCGGCUUUGUGUAA